AUGCUCUCCGCGCUCCAAAACCCGCGGCAAGCCGCCGCCCAAGUCCUCAACUUCGCGCUGAUACUAUCCACCGCCUUUAUGACGUGGAAAGGGCUCUCCGUGCUCGCCGACUCUCCCUCACCCAUCGUAGUCGUGCUAUCAGGCUCAAUGGAGCCGGCGUUCCAGCGCGGCGAUCUACUCUUCCUCUGGAAUAGGAAUCUGAUGGAGGAUACGAAGGUGGGGGAGAUAGUGGUGUAUAAUGUGAAGGGGAAGGAUAUCCCGAUUGUGCAUCGGUUGGUGAGGAAGUUUGGGAGGGGAGAAGACGCCAAACUCCUCACGAAAGGCGACAACAACGUAGCAGACGAUACGGAACUCUACGCCCGCGGACAGGACUACAUCGAGCGGAAAGACAUCAUCGGCAGCGUGGUAGCAUACAUCCCGUUCGUGGGCUACGUAACUAUCCUAUUGAGUGAACAUCCGUGGUUGAAGACUGUUAUGCUGGGGAUUAUGGGGUUGGUGGUCGUGCUGCAGAGGGAAUGA